CAAGCAUUAGUACAAAGCAAACCUUCUGGAAGAGUAACUCAAUCUCAACAUACUCAGACAUCCAAGACAAACAAGCAUACAGGCAAAGCUAUCAAAAAGCAUACCAAUAAAGGACAUGCCUUGAAUAUUCGUGACUUUAAAAACCUUAAUGGCAAAAUAAUGUAUCUCGUUCAACGCAAUGGAUCCAUGCAAGAUGAAUGGGAAACUGAAGAUAUGGUUGAUAAUUCUCAUGUGUUGGUUUGCUACCAACGCAAAGUGCAAGAAGAAUCAGGAUACACAAUUGAUGGAUCUGUUGAAACAACAACUACGAAACGUCCCUCUCGUUUAUCAAAAGUUCGUGCAGUCAUGGCUAUCAAGGAUAUUGCAUCAGUUGACGACAAUGAAGAAAAAGAAGAAGCAGGCAAUAACCGUGGCAUCAAGCGUAAAUCAGCUAAAGCAAACUCAGACGAAUUUGUCAAUAAACGAUCAGGAAAGGGAGAGAGAAAAACCAAGGCUCAGAUCCAAUUAGAGCAGCAACUGGAAGAAAGAAUACAGACUAGGCUAGCAAGAGAAGAGCUUGAUGGUGAUGCAAUUGUUCACUCUUUGGACCAUGUUGAAGGAAAAGAUUGCUGUUUGAUGUGCGCUUCCAAUACCUACAGAGAAAAGCUUGAAAAACAAGAUCUGAAUGGGUUUAAAGCUGCUUUUCAAGAUUAUGAAAAUAUUCCCAACUUUAGCGAAGAAGACGCCCGUAAUGGUCUUAGCUUGAUUGGUUAUGCUAUUGUACUUGGAAAGCACGAUUUUGCAGAGUAUGCUGUAAAGGAACUCAAAAACUCAAAAAUAAUACACAAGAAGCUAAAUGUCCCUCAAAAGUACAAGAUGUAUGACGAUAACACUGGUAGAAACACAGGCGGAGGAUACUACAACAAUCGCAACUUUAGAGAGGUACAAGAAUCGAGAGGAAAUCGUUUGGGAAACUCUGCUUUUUAUAGAGAGAACAACGGAUCAUAUCCUAGAAAAUCUUUUAUGAAUGUGGAUGACAAAACCUCGGGCUGCUGUCUUCGCCCUUAUAUGACAGUUAUCACAAAAAAUGCAUUUAAAAAUGAAGACGUGAUCAAUAGCCUUUUAGCUUUUGAAAGAUGUGGCUCUUAUGAAUUCUAUUUUGCAGUUAAUUCUGGAAACCGCUUCUUGGCUAGCAAGAUACUUGCUCAUGUUAGUGAAAAGCAAGGAAGAACUACAUUUAAUCGUCUUCAUGAUGAAGUUCUCAAGUUUGAUGCCGAAAAGCCCUUAAGCAACUACAAACGCCCUCAAAUACUGAAGCUCGCUUCUGAUGCUAAUAAUGUAACUCCUUAUCACUGUGCUGCUAUUCAUCCUGAUUCUACCUAUCUUGCUGAAUUCUACGACAAGCUUGAUGCCGCUGAACGAUUGGAAACUGAUUCCUAUGGUAGAUCUGUAGCUUUUUACGCUGCAGUUAGUGAAACAAGCGCUUGCUUAGAAUUCUUGAUCUCAAAAGGUUUUAAUAUGACUCUUCAUGACAAGUAUAAAAUGACUCCUCUUAUGCAAGCUGCCCGUUUUGGUAGAAGCCACAAUGUGAAGCGUCUUGCGAAAUAUCUAAACGGUGAUAAUGAAGAUAAUCAUGUUUCGCCUACCAUCUUUCAAUCUCUUGUACGCAAUAAAAGAACAGCAUUGCAUUAUGCUGCUUAUUUUGGUCAUGCUGAAACAUGUCGGGUUUUGAUAGAACUUGGUGCUCCUGUUGAAUCGUUAGAGAGUUUAGAUAAGCAGACUCCUCUGCAUUUUGCGGCUAAAAAUGGCUAUCUCGACUGUGUCAAGGUAUUGAUAGAAGAAGGAGAUGCAAAUCCUGAAAAAGGCGACAAAUUUUCGAGAAAUGCAUUACACUUGGCCUGUAUCUAUGGUCAUCUAGACAUUGCUUAUUACCUUUUAUCGCAAGGUGUUGACGCCAAUGCUUCUGAUAGCUCGCAAAAUUCCCCUGCACAUUAUUCUGCUGCUUAUGGAUAUCUUAAAAUUUUACAUCUUCUUAUUCAGUAUGGUGGAGCAAAUCCUUCUAUCUCUAACGUAUGGAGAAGCACUCCCUGUUCUGUUGCUAACAUGAAGGGUCAUCUUGCUAUUGUAAAAUACUUACUUGAACUACCUGGAAAUCCUAUUGAUGUUAACUUUAAGGAUCAAGAUGGUUGCAUUAUGCUUCAGCGUACAAUCAAUGAAUCGGUCACCUCCAUAUUAGAAAUGAAGAUGAACACGAACAAGGUUAAACUACUUCUUUCUAUGAAUGCCAACACUAAUAGCGCAGAUAUCACAGGAUGCACGUCAUUACAUACUUUGGCAAACAACACUACUUACAUAGCGCUUUAUCCUAAAGGCUGGAAAUCGUUUUAUCCUACAAAACAUCAAAAUUAUCACUAUGCAGCAAGACUUAACAAGGGCACCGAAAUGGAUGACCGAGAUGGUGUCAAUUAUCAAGUCGAAUUAGCUAGACUUUUGAUUGAAAAUGGAGCUAAUCUUCAUGAAAAAAACCUCAAGAAACAAACACCCCUAUCUUGUGCCAUGUCAAGUAAGAAUCAUUUUCUUGUUGCCGUUUUGAUUGAAGCUGGAUCAAGUUUUUGGAUUGAUACUGAUGGAGAUGGAAAGAACUUUUUUCACUACUUUGGUGACUUGUUAGCUCAGGCCAAUUCGUUUCAACCACACAAUGAAACCGAUACUACACGUCAACGUUCUUUCUUGGAAGCUACAAAAAAAGUAUGGACUGCUGUUGAAUCCAAGUUGACACCAAAAACUGAUUUUAGUUUGACAAUUAAUGCAUGCGACAAAAAUGGUUAUCCUCCUUUACAGUAUGGUCUGAAGCGUGCUAUUGAAGAACAGAAAUAUAGUCUGAUAAAUGAAAAGCAAUUGAUAUUGUGUGCUGCUGCCAAGGGAACAAACUGCGAAGACAAGCUAGAUGAAAACAAUCAACGAUGGGUACUCCCUGAAGCCUACAUAAAUCUUACUGAGCCUCUUGUUAUUGAUCUGACAAUGAAUUUCUUAGUAUACUUGCAAUAUAUAGAAAAGCUUGUGGCAAUAUUUGAGCCUGAUUUAAAUGCUGUAAUUGAACUGCCCAGAGAUUUUAAGAAAAACAAUCCGAAAGCAAAAAAGAGCAACUACCCAAAGGCUACAGGAGAAACUGUAUUACAUUUAGCUUGUCAGUUACAAGACUUGAGCUUGAUCCAAUUCUUUUUGAAACACGGUGCUGACCCCAACCAAAAAGUGAAUGUAGAAGGAACUCUUGGCGAUACGCCUUUACUUAUUGCGUAUCACCAUAAGAAGGACGAAGAACAAGGAAUACCUGAAGUAACAGAAUUUAUAAAUAACAACUUUAUAAUCAAGAAGCCUGAUUUUAAGGCAGGUUUACAUCAAGUAAUCAAGACCUUGUUGGAGCAUGGAUGCUCUCCUUUUGAUACCAACUCUAUUGGAAACUCUACUUUGCUCAAAGCUUCUGCUAAACUAGAUCUAAAGAAUCUUAAGCUUAUGUGUCAGUCAGAGCCUUCCGGUAGUGAAGACAUUGAUACUGAAAACGAGAAAAACCAGACUGCUCUUAUGGUUGCCGUAGUUACUCUUGAAAAGCUUAUUCGCAGAAACAAAGCAUUUGAUACUUCAGUCGUCGAGUUGUUGUUACAAUCAAAUGCUAAUCCAAACAUUUCAUUUGAAAAUGGUGACACAGUUCUCAUAAAAGCUAUCAGCAUGUGUUGCUUUCCUUUAGUCAAAACUAUUCUUGAAAAAGCUAUUGUCGCCUUUGAUCAUAACCACCAAAACAAAAACCUCGAAACUGCUUUGAGCUUAGCUUUACGCCUCAAUAAACAAGAUAUUAUGUCUAUGUAUUUACAGUACUUGAAGAAUGACACAAAGAGUGACAAAUUAAACCCGAACACAUUCAAUGCAUUAUGGCAUACACCAAUUUUUCAUGCUUGUCAGCAUGGAAAUCUCGAUGCUGUCAAGACACUAAUUGCUUUGGGCGCUAGUCCUAAUAUCUACAAGCCUGCAUCAGUUCCACUUAUUGAAGCUGUGAAGAGCUGUAAUCUCGAGCUCAUUGAAUUUUUGCUCAACAAUGGCGCCGAUGUCAAUGUAUAUGAUCACGAAGGCAACUAUCCUUUGCAUUCUGCCGUUCUCACCGAUAAAUAUCGUACUGUGGAUCUCUUGUUAAAGUAUUCUGCUGAUUGUAGCUGUACCAAUGCAAGAAAACAAACUCCUCUUCAUUUGGCUGUUGAAGUAACCAAAAAGCAAACCAAUCGUUCUUUUAAAAUUGAAAGAAGCUUGAUCAAGAUGGGUGCCAACAUAAAUGCAAUUGAUUUCUUUGGUCGUACACCUUUACACUAUGUGUUUGUAAGUUGCGAAUUGAUUCCUAUCACUCGUAAUACUACUAUCAUUCAAAAGAAAGUCAAGCAAAUCAUAAAAGAAAUCGGAGAAGAAGUGAAAAAAGAAAACGAUUUGAAAAAUUAUGUCCGCAAGUUUGAUCUUGGUGAUCAUAGCAACAAUAGCAUCAAUCCUUUAAAUGCCGUAAAUGCAUGGAUAAAAGAAGCCAAGAAAAUGCAGUUAGAGCAAGAAUAUCAACUUGAAAACGCUAGUAACCAAUUCACAAACAAUCUAACAAUUGAUGAAAACGAAAAAGAGAGACUUAAGCUGUAUCAAGCUUAUAAGUUUGAAGGAAAUACCAUUACUCCAGAACGCUUUGACCCUAUUGAUAUUCUCAAGUUUAUUUCAAGCCAUAAAGAGAUUCAGUUUGAUAUGAAAGACGAAUUUGGUAGAACACCUCUUCAUUAUGCUGCUUGUGUUGGUGCGUUCAGCUGUACCUCUAUAUUGAUUGAAAGACAAGUUGACAUUGAUGCUUUGGAUAUCGAUAAUAAUGGUGCUCUUCAGUUGGCUCUUCGAAACAACCAUAUUGAUUAUUCUGUAAUGCUUUGUAAUUCCGGUGCUUCAGCCAGAAGGGAUAUUGUUUUACAAAAUGGCAAUUCCACAUCGACAUUUGGAUUUAGCUUGUCAAAAUCACUGAUCAAUAUUGCUUACAUCAUCAUGGAAAGAAGUGCUCUUUUGAUUGAAUCUAUAAGAGAUGCAUUAAGGAACGGUAAAUUCCAUUUGGUGGAAAUCCUUUUACAAUCAGCUGAUGACCACGCUUUAUGUCAAGUUCUUGAAAAAGAAGGUCAAAAUAUUUGGCACAUCAUUGCAGACUUCAAGCCAUUUAACAAUGAAAUAUGGCAAGAUUAUCUUCAAGAAAUUAUUUUGAAAAUCUCGUCAUUGAAUCUCAUGGUAUACAGUGAUAAAUUUGGUAGAAGCCCUCUGCACUAUGCGGCCAAGCAUGGACAAGAUGUGCUUCUAAAACAUCUGAUAAACAUACAAGGUGUUAGUUGUCACAAUCAAGACAAAGAAGGGAAAACCGAACUUGAUUAUGCUGUUCAGUCUUGCAAUAUUCAAUGCGUCAAGAUUCUUCUGGAGCAAGGAGCUAGAACCAGUAGAGCAACAGAGACCAAGCAUAAGUCUGUUCUUUUAAGAUCAGUUGAAGAACGCCAAUUCGACAUUGCUGAAUUGCUUUUGCAAAAUGGAGCCCCUAAAGAUGAUGAUGAUAGUGCCAACGGAUGGCCCAAUGCUGUAAUGGUUGCGUGCCAACAGAAGAACAUUAAGAUGCUGAAGCUUCUUAUUCAACAUGGCGCUGACUUAGAUACACCUAGUCAAAUAGAACGCAAGGAUAAAAACCAAAAGACUUUUAAGGUACUUAUACAUCCAAUCUUUAUUGCUUCAUCUGCUGGUGAUCUAUUUUUGGAGACCUUGCUUCAAGGAGGAGCAAAUUCUAAUGUUUAUGGUCCUAAUCAUGAGCCUGAAAAUGGGCAGUCUUGUUUCAUGUUCAAUGUAUCACUUAAUUCUGUUAAAAAUCAAAAGAUUUUGCUUGACUAUAAUAUUGACUUGAAUAUGCUUGAUUAUCAAACAUCCCGUACCAUCUUUUAUUGGUUCUUCUUUCAAAAGUCUGGGAUUCCAAAAAAGAAAUACCCUCAGCUAGAGAACUCCCACAUCGAUAUCUCAGUCUAUAACAAGAUGCUUUAUUCAUACCAACCUCAAGUCAAUCACAUUGAUACUGUCACCGGUAUGACUCCACUUGAGUUUGCAAUCUAUCAAAAUAGCUUGAUUGUUGUAGAGCGUUUGUUGGCUCUUGGUGCAGAUGUAAAUCUGGAAAGUUGCUCUAAUUUUAUAGAAAAUGUAAUGAACCCUCACAAAACCAAGUUGCCAGCAGUGCUUCAUGCUAUUUUGAUCAACAAAUUGGAAAUGAUCAGUUUGAUCUGUGAAAAAACGCCUCAAAGCAUCAAUUAUUUAUGGCAAGACAACGAAGGAAACAACAUGCUGUCUUAUGUCCUUGGCAUUGUCAACGGUUACUCCCAUUCCAAUAUUGAAACUCUAAACUAUAUUGCAAACCAGAUGACUAGUGCAAAUGUGAAGAAACUUUUGCGAAUGAAAGAUGUGCAUGGUGUUCGUCUGGUUCUUUAUGCAUAUCAUCGAAGCAAUAAGGAGCUAUACAAAACAUUAUUAUCUUUGGAUCCUACUUUGCAAUAUUUUGUCUCAGAAAACUAUAGAUCCUCUGAUUUUGAUUUUGAAAAUCGUCCUUCACUAAUGUCUGUUGAUUAUAUCCCUACAACCAAAGUUGAUGAAGACGCUCAAAUCGAACGAGCCAAACUCCAGCAUGCGAAGGAUAUUGAAAGCGCCAAGUCAGGAAACAAAAGACAAGAAAAAGACGAGUUAUUGAAAGUUGAUUCAUACUCAAAGUUAGAAAGAGUUGGUGAAAUUGCCUUGGACGAAAAUGAUAUUCCUUACAACAUUGUACUUAUGAAAGUAGAACUAAACAGUUGGGGAACCUACACAGAUACGUCAUUUUACAAGUUGAGUAUCAUCUAUAACAAGGUACUUGAUGUCUAUAUUUUGUGGACUCGGUGGGGACCAUUUGGUAAAGAAGGGCAGCAUCAAAAAACGCCUUACUUGACAAAAGAAGAAGCGGUACAAGAAUUCAAAGCAAUAUUUAAGUCCAAGACUGGAAAUGUAUGGGAUGACCAUCGGACAUCGUUUACCAUCAAGCCUGGUCGCUAUGAAAUUAUACAAAAGGCGCAACAUCCUAAAGAUACCAUUAUUGAAGAUUUUGACUUUUUGAAAUCAGACAAGCCCACUCAACUAUCAGCUGAAGUACUCAACUUGAUGAAGAUCAUUUGCAACUAUGAUUAUCUUUCCAGAGUUUACACAAACACUCAGAUUGACAUGCCUUUAGGUCAGAUUCCUCAAAAAUGUAUCGAAGAAGCUCGUGGUAUUCUAAGAGAAGUUAAAGCACUUAUCAACACAUACCGAGGACUCAAUAACUGCUAUUCAGAUAAGGCAAAGCUGCUUGAAUCAAAAAUUUAUGCAUUCAAGAUCGCUCAAAAAUGUGUUGCCUAUUCUCGCCUUUUACCCCGUAAUGGCGAUGCAUACCAAGGCAUUCGAUCUUUAUAUGGAAAUGGCGAAAACCUAAAGAAAGAGCUAUCUAAUCUUGAAGAUCUCAGCUAUGUUAGCUUUGCUGCCAAUGUCUUACUUGCUGCAAAGCAUCAUUGUAGCGAAAUCAAUCCACUUGAGUAUGCAUUCCGCACACUCAAUUGUACCCUCAGACCUCUUUCUCUUGAUACAGAACUGCAAGAAUAUGACAUGAUCACUCAUUACAUGAAGUCUACCUGUAAAGAAGAAUAUAAUUUGGUCCAUUUAUUUGCUGUUAACCGUGCUGAUGAAGAAAUACGUUUCCGUCCCUUUGAAAAUGAAUUGGACCGGAAAUUGCUUUGGCAUGGUUCGCGUAUAGGUAAUUUUAUGGGUAUUUUAAAGCAAGGCCUUCGAGCAUCACCUCGUACCUCUUCUUCCAACGGCGCUUUGCUUGGUAAUGGUAUUUACUUUGCAGAUACGUUUAAAAAAUCAUUGGGAUAUUCUAAUGACACCUAUGGCCAAUCUUCGUCACCUUUUCGAAUUAUGUUACUCUGCGAAGUGGCACUUGGCUCUAAUCAGGGUAAAAUGAAACAAACACCUUCUGAAGAAUACGAAAUGCAUGAUUCUGUCAAAGGAGAAGGCGCAAAUAUUCCUGAUCCUUCUAAUGCAUUAUAUGAUUCAAAUGGGGUGUGUAUUCCUUUUGGACCUUGUAUAUCAAAUACCAAUAUUCAAGUUACUGGCAAUCAUGGGUUCAACAACGUUUCAUUAAACUAUAACGAAUAUGCUGUAUAUAAUGAAGAUCGUGUCAAAAUACGUUACUUGUUGAUUCUUAGAGAGAAGAACAACUGUCAUUUAUGCGCCAAACCUGAACCAUCAAAAUCGUUGAGGCCUUUCUUCCAUCAUGAACUUUCCAAAUAUAAAUAUACAGACUUUAAUAUCUACGAAACAGAAGUCGUCAAGGCAUAUCUUCAACAUCAAGGCAAGACGCCUCAAGAUAUUUUCAGUCAAGAUUUGAAUGAGUUCAUUGAAAAGAAACUUUACAAUACUAAAUGGGACACUCCCCUUGAUUUGCAACAAGAUAGCAAAAUUUGUACUAAAUGCGCAAUGAUCAUUACGACAAUGAUGCUAGAGAAACGAAUGGUUGAUAACAGAGACAGACUUGAUGUUCUUGAUACCUUGAAUCAAAAGCCAAGAUGUAGAUACGGCAAAGAAUGUAAAAACCAACAAUCAAUUCAUCAUACAAAGAAAUACAAGCACUGGUUUUUUGACAAAUUAACUGAUGAUAUACAUGGCGCACAAGAAGAACUUAUAGAUACAGACAAUGAACACAUCAUGGAGCUUGAUGAAUAACUUAUGAAAAACUAUGAAUAAAACACACUUCUUAU